AUGAUUGCGGAGGUUGGAAUAGCCAUUAGAUGCUUUUCUCGAGCGGUCACCAAACCAAAGUGCUCCGACAUAUCCAAAUCACAAGCCGACAUACCAUUCGGAAGCUCCCAAUCAAAGCAAUGCAUCAACUGCGCCACUAUCAAUUUCACCACGGUGAGCCCGAGUUGCAGCCCGGGACAACUCCUCCGGCCCGACCCAAACGGCAACAGCUCAAAAUCAUGUCCCCUCAAGUCUAUCUCACUACCAAUAAACCUCUCGGGCGAAAAUUUUUCCGGGUCGGGCCAAACAUCUGGAUCUCUGCCGAUUGCCCACACAUUGACUAACAAUCUCGAUUGUUUUGGUAUGUGGAAACCUUCAAUUGUGCAAUCUUGUGUGGACUCGUGGGGAAUUAACAAUGGUGCGACUGGGUGGAGCCUUUGGGCUUCCUUGAUUACAGAAUCUAAGUAA